UUAAUCAAUAAUUUUAAUAUUUAUACUAAAUUGACAUUUAUGUGUAUCAUUUCGUUUACUUUUAUAUUUUACAAUGUUCCAAUUUACAACCAUAUUUUUACUAUUAUUGUUGUUGAAAAGGCCCAAUUCAAGUGAAUCAAGAAUGAUAAAUAGUGAAAGUGAAAACAUUCAAGAAAGUGGCGAUUACGUAGAAUUUGAAGACCUAGUGCCUAUUCACGAAAAUUAUAGACCAAAACAUAAAUAUAAAAUUGGUACCGGACACAGAACUAGGUUAACGAGGAGUUUUCCAGAUGCGAAACAAAUACAUGAUCUUCAUUGUGCAGUAUUAUACAAAAAUAAGGAACCGGCGGGAAUUCUUCAGCCAUUUGAAGAUGCUUAUCGAUUUUUUCCCAUAAAAAGAGAGCCUACUUUAGUUGAAAUUCAGCCCCUUCAAAUAAAAAGUCAACCACAAAAAACAAAUGAUAAGAGUGAACUAAAUAAAAGCCACACCAAUAAAAAACGUUCAAACACUGCCACAUUUUUAGAUGAAAAUUAUCCCUCCGUAUUCACUAAAUUUCAACUAAACAACCACUUGGCAAAGAUGAGAGUUCAAGAUUCAAUGAAGAAGAAAACAUUGUUUAAGAGAUUGAAUACUAAUAGUACUAACAAUUCGUCCACUACAGGUAAUGACACUUUUGGAAAUCAUAAAUUAGUAGAAAGAGGUUUGCAAACUGUUUUAGAAGACAUGGGACUAUUAAGUGAUACUGCAAAUGAAGCAGAAAACAAGGAAGAUGCCGAAGAUGAAAAUUUGGAACUUGGUACUAACAAAAUAAAUUUAAUAAAGGACAGCAAGUCAGAAGACCGCGGAAGGAGACAACCCGAUGAUGCCGAUACUACUAUAGAUGUUUUACUAAACGAUACUGAUAUAAGUACAGCUUCUAAAUCAAACGAAACCAAUGGAAUAGAGGGUGUGGGUAACACAAAACUGAAAAAUACAAAAGCUGUUAAAAGAUCUAGUAACGAUGAAUCAGAUUGUAUAAGUUCAAACUUAAAAGUAAAUGAAUACGAAAGAAGAGUUGAAAGAGAAAUUCGUGACAAAAUAAAAAUGUUGCAAGAGGAAGUUAUUAAAGAGAUAGACAGUAUUAAAAAAAAAGAAGAGGAAGCUAAACGUAAGAAAAGGCAAGUUAUCACUACGUUAUUAGAUGAGGAAACUCACGAUAUUGAUCCCAACUAUCAUAAUGAAGAUAGCAAUAUGAUUCAUGUUCGUAAGAAAAGAAGUGCAGCAAGGUAUCAAAAACCUGAUACAGAUUCUUUACAAAGAAAAGCCCACAAAGAGGAAGAAGUAAUGUAUAGGACGGAAGGUUCAAGCAGACGAAAAAGAGAUCUAGGCGAAUAUCAGUAUGAUGAUGAGGAAGCCUUAAAAAAUGAAAAUGAAAAUUCUAACGUUGUUGACGAAGUCGACCGUAGGAAUGACUUUGCUAGUGACGUUUUUAACAAAGAUGGAUGCUUAUGUGAUAGAAACACUAAAUAUUGCGAAUGUCCUAAUGAUUUCAGUAGAAAAUUAACCAACAUUGAUGAUGACUACAAUAAUGAUAAACAAGACAACGAUUCAAAAACUAUAGUGAAGAAAUCUAUACUACAAGAAUGCAGCUGUGAUAAGAAUGGCAAGAAUUGUAAAUGCGAUAAUAACAGUGACCAGAAUUUUGAUUAUGAUGAGAACGAGAAUAAUGACGACAAAUAUGUAAACAAGAAAUCAAUAAGUCCAUCGUGCACCUGCGACAAAAAUGGAAAAAAUUGCAAAUGCUAUAACGAAAAUUCAAACCUAAUAUAUGAUGAUAACGGUAAUACUGAUGAAUCUAAAUAUUUAAGUAAGAAAUCCGUAAAACAGUCAUGUACUUGCGAUAAAAGCGGAAAGAAUUGUAAGUGUAGAAAUAACUUAGUAAAUACUAUACCAUCAAUUCAAGCUGAUUAUGAAAGUGAUUAUGAUUAUAAAGACGCUUCCAAUGAGCAAAAUGACAAUUUGAACGAUCAAGAUCUAAGAAGUUUUAGUUCCAAUGAAGACGUAGCUGAAGACAAUUACAUUGACUACUCUAAUUCUGAAGACAUUCAAAAAAGGGCAAUAAAGCCUAGAAAAUAUGUCAACGAAAAAACUUUUCAAAAUGGAGAAUACCUUGUUGACUUGGAGCCAGACGUGUACAAGCUAGAACCUAUAGAUAAUUCUAGGAAUAAGCGUGAGAAUUUAAACGAUCUGCUAUCUGCAGAAGGAAAUGAUAAUGCAAGAAGACAAUUAUUUGCAAUUAGACAGAGGAGUAUGGUACCUCUUGCGAGAUCUCGAAGGCGAAUUUUUAAAGAAGAGAAUAACAAGAAGCCGAGAGAAUUAAUCAAUAUGUCUCAUGAAGAUUUAUUUGGAGCGCUUCCUCAGAGUUUUGAUGGAGAACUUUUAAGAUAUAAGAGAGUUAGAAGGAGCAAAAGAAAAAAGUGAAUAGAGUAAAUAUACUAUAUUGGCUUUUGAUCUUUCGUAUAUUUCAUCACUAUGCAUAUGAGUUUGGUAUUAAGAAUAUCUGUAGGAUCUAAACUCAGACAUUAGAAUGUGAAACACUUUUUCAUAAAGAUAUUACAUGAUGAACUAUUAUAACAAUGUGCACUGUACUAAGUAAGAACUUCUAUACUGAAUCAUGUGUAAACCUGUUUUACUAAAUAAAUGUUUAUUAUAUUUUA